ACUCUCCACAGCUCCGGCUUCCAACUUUUUUUCCACCGCUUCGGACCAACUUUGCAAACCCAAAACCGAGCGUCGAUUGUGGUUUUUACGCACGGGCCCGAGCUCUGGGGUGAGGGUCUUUUUCUCAGAUGGGACACACGCGCGGAGCUGCUGCGGAUUUCUCUCUUUGCUGAUCACUUUUGGGAGUUUAAAAAAAACAUGCCGGAGCAGAUCAGUAUUUCCGACUUCGUGGUGCUGACGAACGAGGAUUUAAACUCGCCGGGCUCGUCCAGUUUCCAGUCCAAGAUGAGCGACUGUCGGAACACGGUGUCUGUGGUGGAGGAGGCCCUGGAGACGGACCACAACACUCUGCAGAAGAUGAAGAAGAUCAUCCGAGCCAUCCACACCUCAGGACUGGCCCACGUGGAGCACUCGGAGCAGUACAUGGAGGUGCUGGAGAACCUGGGGAACAGUCACCUGAGCCAGGACAACCACGAGGUGUCCACAGGCUUCCUCAACCUGUCCGUGUUCAGCCGCGAGGUCGGCGCUCUGCUCAGGAACCUGGUGCAGAACCUCAACAACAUCAUGGCUUUUCCCCUGGAGAACGUGCUCAAGUCGGAGCUCCGAGACAGCAGACUGGAACUGAAGAAACAGAUGGAGAAGAGCUGGAAGGAUUACGACCUCAAGAUAGGGAAACUGGACAAGGAGAGGAAAGAGAAGAGCCGAGCGCUGGGCCUGAUCCGCCUGGAGAGUCCGGACCAGGGGGAGGACAUGGAGCGGGAGAGGAGGAGCCUCCAGCUGCAGAUGUGUGAGUAUCUCCUGAAGAUCCAGGAGCUGAAGGUUCGCCAGGGCCCGGACCUCCUGCAGAGCCUCAUCAAGUACUUCCAGGUCCAGCUCAGUUUCUUUCAAGACGGGCUGAAAGCUGCAGAAAACCUGUCUCCGUUCAUAGAGAAACUGGCCACCUCCAUUCACACGGUGCGACAGGAGCAGGAUGAGGAGGUGAAGAAGUUGAUGCAGCUCAGGGACUCUCUGAGGCUGCUCGUCCAGGUCGACGGGAAGGAGGAGUACCUCAACAGGAAGAACUCAGGGAACGGCUACAGCAUCCACCAGCCUCAGGGCAACAAGAAGUACGGCACCGAGAAGUCCGGCUUCCUGCUCAAGAAGAGCGACGGGAUCCGUAAAGUGUGGCAGAAGAGGAAGUGCGGGGUGAAGUUUGGCUGUCUGACCAUUUCCCACAGCACGAUAAACCGACCUCCAGCCAAGUUGAACCUGCUGACCUGUCAGGUGCGACCCAACCCUGACGACAGGAGAACCUUCGACCUGGUCACUCAUAAUCGCACGUACCACUUCCAGGCUGAAGACGAGCAGGAGUGUAAGAUCUGGAUGUGGGUGCUGCAGAACAGUAAAGAGGAGGCUCUGAACACGGCUCUGGGGGGAGAGCAGCUCCAGGGGGGCGGCCUGCACGAGUUAUCCCGCUCCAUCAUCACCGAGCUCAGGCACAUGCCCGGGAACGACGCCUGUGCCGACUGCGGAGCUCCAGAGCCCACGUGGCUGUCCACAAACCUGGGCAUCCUGACGUGUAUCGAGUGCUCGGGGAUCCACAGGGAGCUGGGCGUUCACUACUCCAGGAUCCAGUCGCUCACUCUGGACUUCCUCAGCACGUCGGAGCUGCUGUUGGCCGUUUGUAUUGGCAACACACGCUUCAACGACAUCAUGGAGGCGGGACUUCCCAACGAUCUGGUCAAACCUCUGCCAAACAGUGACAUGAGCGCCCGAAAGGAGUACAUCGUGUCCAAGUACGCAGAGCGACGCUACGUGGUGAGGAGAGAAGACUCCGACCCCGGCAGGUUGUACGACGCCGUCAGGAGCCGGGACCUGUGCGCCCUGCUGCAGCUGUACGCCGAGGGGGUCGACCUGGUCCAGCCCCUGCCCACCCCCGACACACCGAAGCUGAAGGAGACGGCGCUGCACGUCGCUGUUCGUCUGGAGGAGAAAAGUUCUCUGGCCCUGGUGGAUUUCCUCUGUCAGAACAGUAACUGUGUGGAGAAGAGGACGAGUGAGGGGAACACGGCUCUGCACUACAGCGUCCUGCAUCACAAACCAGAGUCUCUCAAGUUACUGCUCAAAGCUAAAGCCGCUCUUCACACAGUGAACGCAGCCGGGGAGUCGGCUCUGGACAUGGCCCGCAGGCUGCAGCACACACACUGUGUCGAACUGUUGGAGCUGGCGCAGAGUGGUCAGUUUAACUCUCAGAUCCACGUGGAGUUCGUGUGGGAGAGUCCGAGCCAGGAGCUGUACGACAGCGAGGACGAUCUGGACGAGAGGGUGAGCCCGUCGCCCAAAAGCCACGGUUCCACUGCGUCGGGGAACGGGAACACGUUUGCCCGCUGGAGUGUGGCCAACGCUUCCCCCGGCUCCCGGCCCUGUCAGACCUACGAGAACCUGGACUUCCUCUACAACAACAGCGCCCCCAGUGGACGAGUCACGCCACCUCCUCCUCUGCCCGCCAAGGCCAUUCAGAGAGAGAGAGGCCGCUCAGAGUCUCAGAUCUCCACCUCCUCUCAGGACCCGACCAAGAGCUCGUCCAGCCCCCAGAGCCAAUCCCGGCACAGCCCCACCGUCACCAGGAGCCACAGCGGAAAGGCCCCGGGGUCCCCACAGAGCCAGGGCAGGAGGGCACCGGGCUCACCGCAGAGUCAGGGCCGAGGCAGCAGGGCGCCUGACUCGCCCCUGAGUCAGGGCUGUCUGCAGCCGUGGCACAGACUUUCAGGAGAAGUUCAGGUUGGAGCAGGAUCAGGAGCACAGGCGGCUCCUUCUGCAAACAACCACAAAGGACCUGUCAGUUCACAGAAAACCACAUCGUACCGCAGGACCUGCAGUGGAGGAGCAGCCCAGUCCAAAACCCUGCCCCAGAGCGUCCAGGCCAGCAGCGUCCAGGCGAGCAGCGUCCAGGCGAGCAGCGUCCAGGCCAGCAGCGUCCAGGGGAGUCAGGAGGAGCUGUACUGUAGCCUGCAGUCCUCCUCUCCUCCUGCUCCAUCUUCAUCCCCCUCGUCCUCCUCCAGCUCCUCCUCCUCCUCCUCUUCCACGUCUGGGGCGGCGGCGCUGAACCCCGCCCCCCGAACUCGCAGGAACGCCAUGGUGUCUGUCAGUCGGCCUCAUCACAAACGUGUUCGCGCUCUGGUGGACUGCAGGGCCGUGAGCGCGGAGCAGCUCGCCUUCUUCAAGGACGAGGUCAUCAUAGUCACGGGAAGUAGUGACCCCCACUGGUGGGUGGGUCACAUCGAGGGAGACCCGUCCAGGAGCGGCACAUUUCCCGUCAACUACGUCCUCAAACUGACAUGAGCCAAGAGGACGUUAACUACAGGUCAUGGAGAGCGCCUCCCGUGGCCAGACCGCAGCACUACAGGUCACUACAGGUCAGCUCUUCUGGACAAUAGAGAGAUCUGUGACCCUCCUGCGCCGAACUCAGCUUUUGAGACGGUACUUUUUACUAAACCGAACACUCAAAGGGAAAUACACCUGGAAUUCUUGCACGUCGAACACUUUGGAGCGUGAGGACGUAAAGGGAGUAAAGGGAGUCUGCAGCGCUUUUCCUGAAGAGGGCAGUGUUGGUGUGGGAUCUUCACUGCCUUUUUUAUCAAGAAUCUCGGACUUCAGGUCAUCGCGCAAUUCAUACUGGGAAGGAUUUUCUGAAAAAGCGAGCAACAAACCUCCAUGUUUGUUUUCCCAGUGGGCAGUGUUGGAAAGUAACAGAUUACAUGUACCGGAGUAAUCAGAGUACAAAUGAUGAGUAACUGUAUUCAGUUACAGUUACUGUUUCAGUGAGUGGUAAUUGGAUUACAGUUACUUUGUUGAAAUAAUUGGUUUACACGGCGGGAUUUUCCUGUUUUCACAUUUUGGGCUAAACCAGGACUAAACCAGG